AUGUCAGCUGCAGGAGCCCCAAACACGUCGGGGCGGAUGCAGAAGGAGGGACGCGCGGGGCCGGCGACCUCCGGCGAGCCCCAGCGGGAGGGGCGCUCGCGGGCUCACGGCUGGAGGGAAAGCAGCCGUCGUGACCGCCGUCGGGGUGGGGGAGGACUGCCAUGCCGCCACAACCGAUGUUGGGGUCGGAGCCCAACCACGUCGGGGCAGAUGCAGAACAAGCGACGAUCUGGACGCGUGGCAGAAUCUGAGAACUUCCUCUGUCGUCGCCCGCCGCAACUCCGUCCACCAUCGGUCGCCGGCUGCGCUUCCGCCAGCAACGCCGGAUUCGUUGGCCCGUAUGCGCUGUCGGAACAAAAGGGAAAAGAAGCAGCGUUGGGAGUGUUGGCCGCAACAUUGGAUGAGGGGAGGGGGUGUGCUGGGCCGGCCCAUCGCGGCCCAGUCGCUUCUUAG